AUGGUUCGAUUGAACUUAAGAAUGGCUUAUCGGUUAGAUAGGGAAGGGGAGACUGAAAGUGAAGGAAAUGGGUCAUUUGAGAGUUGGAAGGUGGCUGAGAGGGAGAUACUUAGUAUUUAUGAUGUAGUAGGUCGUAGGAGGCUUAAACCGAGUGAAAUGGGGCGAUUAUUGAAAGGACUGGUGGCGGAAGAUAGUCGGGAGAGGGAGUUAGUAGGUCGGGUAAUUGCUGAAGUGAGUGUAAAUGCACUGGAGGAGUACCGUAGUUGGUUAGUAAGUACGGCGGUUGAGUACUUGGUUGGGGAGAUAGAGGGAUGUUUAGGGGGAUUAGCGGGAGUUUUAGGAGUACUAAACCGACUGGGGGUGCAGCGGAUGGAAGUUUUAGAGGUAUAUUUGCCUUUACUGGGUAGGAGUUUAACUCAGAGUAUUAGGUUGGAGAUAGUAAUGGGGGUAAGGGAGUGUUAUGUAGAGGGAGUGGAUGGGGAGGGAAUGGAGAGUUGGGAUUGGGUGAUUUUGGGUAUACGUAAAUUAUGCCGGGAAUUCUUACCUUUAGAAAUGGUAGCUAGUCUGUACAUAAUUGAGAAUAUAGUAGUGAGUGGAGUAGAGAUAGGGAAGGAGGCAGUGGGGGCUUUAGUACAGGUUUUAGAGAUAGGAUUAAGAAGUGAACAUCAACGAGUGAUAAGAGUGAUUGGGCGGAUGUUGGAAGUACCGGCCGUGCAAAGUGUAUUGGGGAAGUAUAGUGGGAUGGCAGUGAAGGAAUUGUUUGCUACAGUUUAUAGGUUAUCACAGGUUUACUGGAAGAGAGAUGAGCAAGCGGUAGUAUGUGGGAUUUUAGAAGCACUGUUUUGUCUGAACAAUCGGGCUUUUGAUGUAGCCCUUCAAGAGUACAAUCGCGUGCGUUAUGAGCAAAGGUGUAAGCUAAAGAGAGUGGUUUAG